GCAAGAAGAAAGAAAAAUGGCGUCUAUCCUGUUGCGGCCCAGGCGACAGAGGAAGAAAAAGUUGUUUCGGAGGAUGUCCAAGAAAAGUUCCAGGAUUAAAGAACUGCAGGCCUGGAAUAAAGAAUUAGAUACAGAGUUGGAGAGGGGACUUAAUGAUUUGAAUUCAACGGCUGAAUUAUUAGUUACUGCCAUGGGGAAAAUGAACGUGUUAAUCCGAAUGAAGGAAAUAAAGAAAAUGGUAGGGGAUUACCUCAGCAAUCUACGGAACAGCGAAGCUUUGAUGGAUCCGGAAAAUGCUCAAGCCGAGGAUGCACUAGAGCAGAAAGAGGCCAUGGUAAAAGGCUUGAAAGAACUCGAGUUAAAGAAGAAAAAGCUCGAAAGGGACAUAGGGAAGGUUCUCAGGCGGUCAAAGACAAGAAAGAAGAGUCAGAGAGAAGAGUCAGAGACACGAGGCCUCCGUUUCAGUGCUAAGCUCCAUUGGCUCUCAUCUCGCUCCGUUUGCUCGUAGCUCCAUUUCGUCAUCACAGAUUCGAAGGUUACAAGUAGAGGAUUGAAGCAAAGCAAAUCCUACGAAGAGUUGUUUUUUGAGCUAUGCAAAAGCCAAAAUAUCACUCCCCAAGAGCCAAAAAGAGC